UACACUCCCUGUCAGUUGAGUUUCUCAGGCUCUCUGGGUGAGGCGCUGUUGUUGGAGCUUCCUGUACCCGCUGUUUCCUCGCUGCUCAGUCUCGGUUGGUCCGCAAUCCGGUGCUGAGCCAGAUCCCGACUGUCGGAUCCCUCUAGUUAACCGCACGCCAUGGGGACCUACGGACCGGCUAACGAGAAACUCCGGAACCUGGAGGAGAUCGAGAAGGAGAUUGCCAUCAUCUUACAGACUGCAGCCAAUGUUAUCCUGGAAAUGUCGAAGGAGAAGCCAGCAGAACGUAACCUGGAGCGUCACGCUCUGCAAUUCACAGCCUCUGUGCAGCGAGUCGAAACAGAGCUGUCCAGCCAGAUCCGCUAUCUCACCCAGGUCGCCACGGGGCAGCCGCACGAGGGCUCGAGCUAUUCGGCCAGGAAGGAUGCGCAGAUGGCAGUGAACCGAGUGGAAUACACGCACGUCAAAGUCCGGGACCUUGCCAGGACCUGUGACCAGAUGCUUGAGCAGCCGUGACCGGGGUGGGGGGGGGUCGGCAUUGGUACUGGGUGGGUGGGGUGGGGGGUGGGGGAGAGAGAGAGAGAGAGAGAGAGAGAGAGAGGGAGGAGGGAAGGGGGUGUAAGGAAAGUGGGAUUUUUUUCUUUCUCUGCUUUGCUUGGGGGAGAGUGGGUGGGGAGCGGUGAAUCCGUUUGUAGCGAACAACUGUCCCUCCAUCACACCACCCACCCCCCCCGCAACACUUCACCAUCAAUCUCUACCCCCACCCCCCUCCCUGUCGUCCCCUCCCCUGCCCCUUCGAAUCUGUUGUCCAGUGCAGAGACCCCCUUCUCCUCCUCCCCAGUGCCCCCUUCCAGCCCCCUUGCUGUUAAAGCCCACCAUUGGAGAGUGGGCGCACUUUUGGCCAUGUUGGUGGGGGGAGUGGGUGUGGUGGGUUGGGGGACUGGGGUGCGAGCUGUACGGACUGGUCACUGCUAUGUUCUGUUUAGCACAGUCCCCACCCUUCACUUACCCCAGCCCCAUUCGGAGCUCUGAAGCCCGGGCCGAUGGGAAGGGGAGGGCAGGGACUGGCCAGGAGGGCCUCAGAGUCCCAGUCUGAGCCCAGGCGGAGGGUCUGAGCCCUUGUGGGGGGUCCUGGCUUGGUGGGCCAGGGGAGGGUGAGGUUGGGGGCAGGGGGCACACGGGGAGCAGCUCUAUCUUUCAGUAGGACCCUCCCGUCCCCUUGGUGAUCUCUACCUGACUCCGCCUCACCCCGGAGCUCACAGGACCCCCCCACACCCCCCCCCGCCAAGGGGACCAUUUCCUCUCUCUGUCUCCCCCCUCUAUCUCUCUGUCUCGCCCUCCCCUCCCAUCUCUUUCUGUUUUACACCCCCCCAAUCCCUUUCUUCUCUCUUCCCACCCCC